CGCCAUCAAGUAUUCGUAGCGGCUACACGUCAACAUGUCAGAGAAACAAUCAUCACCCACAUUGUGGGAAGAAUUGACGAGUCCCAUCAACUUAAUACUAGUGUUUUUCAUUGUGUACCUCAUUUAUAAGAUCAUAAAAUCGAAAUUCACGACUGUUGAAGUAACUCCGCCGCCUCCUCCAUUACCGAAGUUAAGAAAAGAUUUGACCGUAGCCCAAUUGAAGAAAUAUGACGGCACACAAGAAGAUGGCAGGGUUUUGUUAGCAGUCAAUGCAAUCAUUUUCGAUGUUACCAGAGGCAAGCGUUUUUAUGGUCCCGGUGGUCCUUAUGCAGCGUUCGCGGGCCGAGAUGCGACACGAGGUCUUGCCACUGGUCAGGUAUCAGGGGCAGAAGGGGAGUACGAUGACGUCAGUGACCUCUCUCCCGAUGAAGUUGCCUCUGCUAAAGAAUGGGAGGAGCAAUUUAGAGAAAAAUACGACAUCGUGGGACGUCUCCUGAAGCCCGGUGAACAACCAACUGUGUACAGUGACGAUGAGGCCGAACCUGUGGAAAAGAAGACACAAUAAAAUUAAACAACACUACAAGUUUUUGCCGCAUUUGCAAUUCAAACUACAUAGAAAGUAAUUUUACAUGUUAAGUGCUUGUUACUCGUUGUAAAUUUUGUGUCAUAUUUAUGUGAGCUUAUGGAUAGUGGUGAUCAGAAUCUUUUGAAAAAAGACACUCACUUUAUCUUUAAAGUAGUUCAUUUCAUAAGAAUGUAGUCAACCUGUCUGUAAUUUACAUAAUUUCUUUAUUGUUUUAUUAUUGUUUGUGUUCAAGUUUUUAUAUAACAAUGCAAGUUUAAAUAGUAAUAUUAUCAAUCGAUAGUAAAUUUAUAUCAUUUGACACGCUCUAAUAAUUUACCCACUUAAAGUAGUAAGUGCAAUAAUUAGUAAGGAUUAUUUUCCCACAGGUCCCACUCAACAGUGGGGUAUCAUUAAGACGAUAAGGGAUUAUCUUGGAAAUAAGCAAACCAAUAAAGAAUUAACUAAAUAGUAAUAAUAAAUUUGUGCUCGUAUGAAGCAGUUGACACCAUUUAAAAGAAUGUUAAGAAAAAAAUUUAGGUGAUUUUUUUUAAAAUAAAUAU